GAUAUGGGCUUUUCGGGCUUGCUGCGCAACUUGGCAUUAAAUUUCUUAAUAAACUUGAGAAAAAUGUUGACUAUCGAUCAACAUUUUGGGUACUAGAGCUUAUUUGGACAACCGUUGGAGUUGUGAUUCACCUAUAUACACAAGAAAAUAAUAUUUCAAUUUAA